AUGUCUGAAAUCGAUAAAUCAAACAGUGGUGUAGACACUGUAUCUACUGGUUCCCACUCACAAGACUUGGAAGUUCAACAUGACCAUGUUGAACUUAAACAUCAUUCUAUGGCUGAAAGAGAAGCCUCGGGCCAUUGGUAUGAUAAAAGAAUCAACCUUGGAUUAUUUGGAUUCCAUUAUUCAUCAGCUAUGACUCAAGUUGUUAUGCUUGCCUUUGUUAUUUUCAUGACUCCAGGUAUGUUUAAUGCCCUUUCUGGUAUAGGUGCUUCUAUUAGUGAUAAAGUUACUUCUGAUAAUGCUUCCGUCGCUCUUUAUUCCACAUUUGCAACUAUUGGUUUCUUUGGUGGUACUAUUUGUAAUGUUAUUGGUGUUAGAGCUUCUUUAAUGUUUGGUGGUAUUGGUUAUGCCAUUUAUGCUAGUUCUUUAUUAUGUUUCAAUCAUACUGAAAAUAAAGGAUUUGUUAUCUUUGCUGGUGCAUUCUUAGGUGUUUGUGCCGCUGUCUUAUGGGCUGCUCAAGGUACUAUUAUUAUGUCAUAUCCAACUGAACAAACCAAAGGUAGAGCCAUUAUGGUCUUUUGGGUUAUUUUCAACUUGGGUGCCGUUAUUGGAUCCAUUAUUCCUUUAGCUGAUAAUAUUGCCAAUAAAGGAGCUGCUGCAAAUGAUGGUACUUUUAUUGCUUUCAUUAUUUUAAUGUGCUUAGGUUCAGUUAUUGCAUUCUUUUUAUUACCAAUGUCCAAAGUUUAUAAAGCAGAUGGUACUAAAGUUAUGUCUGAAAAGCAUCCAUACUGGAAAGAUGAAUUAUUUGCAUUAGGUAAAACCUUAAUUAGAGAACCAAAGGUUUUAUUAUUAUUCCCAAUGUUCUUUGCUUCCAACUGGUUCUAUACUUAUCAAUUCAAUAACUUCAACCAUGGUCGUUUCAACAUCAGAACCAGAUCCUUAAACUCCUUAUUAUAUUGGUUUGCUCAAAUGAUUGGUGCCAUUGUUAUUGGUUAUAUUUUAGAUUUGAAAUACUUCAAAAGAUCUGUUCGUGCAAAGAUCGGUUAUGCUUUCGUUACACUUGCCACUUUAGCCAUUUGGGGUGGAGGUUUGAAAUUCCAAUUAACAUUUACUCGUGCUGAAGCUGAAGCUGUACCACCAACUCUUGAAAUGAUGGAUUAUACUGACGGUGAAUAUAUUGGACCAAUGUUCUUAUAUAUCUUUUAUGGUGCUUAUGAUGCUAUUUUCCAAUCAUUUAUUUUAUGGUUAUUAGGUGCCCUUUCAAAUAAUCCAAAGAAGACUGCCUUGUAUGCUGGUUUCUACAAGGGUAUCCAAUCUGCCGGUGCUGCUAUUGCUUGGAGAUUAGAUGCUAUUGGAAUACCAUAUAUUAGUUUAUUUGCUUCUUCUUGGGGUUUAUGUCAAGGUUCUUUAUUGAUUGCUGCUCCUUUAGUCUUUUUCUAUAUUAAGGACAGUACUUCUGUUGAAGAAGAUCAUUUGGAAGAAGUUCUUGCUAUUGAUGAAUUAACUUCUGUUAAAUCAAUUGCCCUCCAUGAUGAAACAAAGCAAUGA